GGACCACUUCCUCUCUGUUUGCCCCACCACUCUCACCGUUGACCUCCUCGAGAAGGCCCUCCUAGCGAUAGAGAAGAGCAUAGUCGCUGUAGGAGCCACUCGUGGUGUUCUCCCUCCCCCCUCUUGCCCUCUGUUGCCUCUACUGCUGUGGCCGACCUCGUUGGUUUUGAGUCGGUCGGCGCUGCGUCUGCCCCGAGCGGGAGACGCCGCACCGGCAAGGGCAAGGGGGGCAAGGGCACUGGAGGAGGUGGAGGGGGCAGUAAAGGUGGUGGUGGAGGCGGUGGAGGGAGUGGGGGUGGUGGUGGGAGUGGUGUUGGGGGUGGCGGCGGCGGCGGCAGCAGUGGAGGCGGCGGAGGCGGUGGAGGUGGCGGAGGGAGCGGAGGCGGCGGAGGUAGUGGAGGAGGCGGAGGUGGAGGAGGCGGCAGAGGCGGCGGAGGCGGCGGCGGCGGCGGAGGCGGCGGUGGUGGAGCGAGUCGCGACUCUGCGUCGAGGAGUGGCGCCGGUGGUGCGCGGUGGGGGUUUGGGUCCCUGCUCUUACGUUCUCCGUACCGGCGACCGCACUGGUGAGCAGUGCGGGGGUCCGCACUCCACCCAGCGCUGCUUUGGUCGCCUGACGGACGCGUGGCGUCGCCAGUUCCCUGAGGCGUCUGAGAUCCCUCGCUGGGGAGAUGUGGCUAAGGCCGGGGUUGCUAUCUUUGAUCUUGACUUUGAUGCUAUUCUUGCUGCCAUGUAUGUUGUUGCUGAUAGUGUUGAGGGUGCCUGUUACCUGUGUGUACCGCCUCACCCGGGCAUUGAGGCUGCUGCGCUAGGUGCUGGUGUGACUGCUGCUCUAGGUGCUAGUGCGUCUGCUGCCCCAGGUGCCAGUGCGUCUGCCGCCCCAGGUGCUGGUGAGUCUGCUCUCUCAGGUACUACGUCGGCUCAGGCCUUCCACACCUUCACCCUGAACUUGGGUGCGUCCCGCUCCUUCUAUCAAGACGGCACCAGUCUUACGCCGCUUAGUCCGCCGGUUGCAGUCUCCCUAGCAGACCCCUCUGGGGGUCCUGUCCUUGCUAGCUUCUCCACUGUCCUUCCGUGCCCUGCAGCCCCCUCUGGCACCCUGUCUGGUCUCUACCUCCCCUCGUUCUCUACGAACUUGGUGAGUGAAGCAGACCUACAGGAUCGAGGGGUUGACCAAAUCACUCCUGCGAGUCAGCGAGUGACCCACUGCACGUGUGCUCGGACAGGCCGACACUUGGCCACGUUCACCCGUCGGCCAGGGUCGAGCGUGUACACCCUUACUGCUGAGUCUCCUCCUACUGCUGAGUCUGCCCAGGUAGCUGCGUCGAGUCAAGUGCUUGCUGCGGUGUCCAGGUCUGGUCCUGAGUCUGCCCCCUGCUCGUGUCGUCUGCUGUCCCACCAGACUCUCCUUUGGCACCACCGCCUUGGUCACCCCUCCUUGUCUCGUCUCCGAGGCAUGGCCUCCCGUGUCCUUGUCUCUGGUCUUCGUCGGUCUCUCCCUCCCCUUCCUCCGGGGCCUGGCCCUACCUGCGUCCCCUGCGUUGAGGGGCGACAGCGCGCCGCCCCUCACUCCUCCGAGUUUCCUCCGACAGAGGCUCCGCUGCAGACUCUACACAUGGACGUGUGGGGCCCAGCCCGCGUUAGUGGGCAGGGGAGAGAGCGGUACUUUCUGCUGGUCGUUGACGACUACUCGUGUUACACCACAGUCUUCCCCUUGCGCAGCAAGGGUGACGUCACUGAGGAGUUGAUGGACUGGAUCCGCACAGCUCGUCUCCAGCUCAGAGAGAGUUCCGGCUCGGACUUUCCUGUUUUGCGUCUGCACUCGGACAGAGGAGGGGAGUUUUCCUCUGCCCGUCUGGGAGCCUUCUGUCGGGCACAGGGCAUCCGCCAGACCUUCACACUUCCGGCCUCUCCACAGCAAAAUGGGAUUGCUGAGCGCCGCAUUGGCAUGGUCAUGGACGUCGCGCGUACGUCCAUGAUGCAUGCGGCUGCCCCCCAUUUUCUGUGGCUGUUUGCGGUUCAGUACGCCGCGCAUCAGCUCAACCUUCAGCCCCGGGUCUCCUUGCCAGAGACCUCCCCCGCCUUGCGGUGGACAGGGAAGGUUGGCGAUGCGUCUGUGUUUCGGGUCUGGGGAUCUCGGGCGUUUGUCCGCGACUUGUCUGCGGACAAGCUGUCCCCCCGUGCUGUUCCUUGUGUCUUCCUUGGCUUCCCCCCUAACGCGCCUGGCUGGCAGUCUUACCACCCCACCACGCGCCGUGUUCUGUCCUCUCAGGACGUCACCUUUGACGAGUCGGUGCCUUACUACCGUCUCUUCCCCUACCGCACUACGCCCCUCCCCCCGCCGCCGCUCUUCCUUGCGCCAGGUGCUACUCAGGUAGACCCCCUCCCUCCUCAGGGUCCUGCCCCUUCAGGUGUGUCCCAGGUAGACGCAGUCGAGCCUCUCGAGGUAGCUGUAGACUCUGGUGCUGCUAGAGGUGCUGAGUCUGGGGGUGCUGAGACUGGAGGUGCUGAGCCUUGGGGUGCUGAGUCUGGGGGUGCGGAGCCUGGGGGUGCUGGGUCUGCUUGUGUGGCCGCCGGCGGUACUUCGUCGAGGCGGGAGCCGCUGUUUCCACAGGAGCUGCGCGUGUGGUUCGCCCGCCGCUGGAGACGUGGUGCUAAGUCUGGGGGUGUUGGCGCUGGUGUUUCUACUGGUGCUGGUGCGUCUGGGGGUGCUGCAAAGGCAGCUGGUGCUGACGGUCCUACUGGAGUUGGUGCUGCUGGAGCUGGAGCUCCUGGGGGUGGUGGCGCUGGUGUUCCUACUGGGGUGUUGGCGCUGGUGUUUCUACUGGUGCUGACGGUCCUGCCGGAGUUGGUGCUGCUGGAGCUGGAGCUGCUGGGGGUGUUGGCGCUGGCGGUGCUGCUGCCGCUGGGGGUACUGUCGCAGUCACAUUUACCGCCCGCCUCCCCUCUACCUGCUCCUUCUGCCUACACUGGUCCUACUGGAGGUCUUGCUAAGCGUCGUGAGCCUGCGUCUCGUCCCGCGUUACCUGUUCGUGCUGCUCGCACUAGUGGUCGUACUGCGCGUCCGCGUCCUCCUGCGGUCCCCGGCACACACCAGAUGGCACUCCGUCCUUCCACUGCUCCUUUGCGUGUCCAGUUGCCAUCUCCUCCAGAGUCCUCUCUUCUAUCUCUUGCUGACCCGGAGUCUGACACCCUUCGUGCUGCUAGUCCUUUGGUCACGCGCCUUCUUGCGUCUGUCGUCACUGACCCUUCCUUUGAGUCUGCCGCUGCAUCUGCUCUGGUUGCUGAGCUUGUCGACUUCGCUGCUCGCUGUCGUCUAGACUACGAUGCCAGUCUUGUUGCUGAGUCUGAGUCUGUCUGUCCUCCGUCCGUCGGGGGUGAGUGUGCUCUUAGCACAGACGUCCUUGAGGACAGGCAAGAGGAGUUCCAGUGCUUUGCUGCUGCUUUGCCCCAUCUCGUGUCCACGCUGAUUGCCCCUGAGGGAGACCCGGAUGCACCAGACAUCCCGACUCCUCGAUCGUACGCUGAGGCGAUCGAGGGUCCCUACUCCUCUCAGUGGCAGGUGAAGCGGCCGCCGGGCUCUCCGCCUGUCUUCAAGGCGCGUUACGUGGCUCGAGGCUUCAGUCAGCGGCAGGGAGUUGACUACUUUCAGACCUUCUCUCCCACCCCGAAGAUGACCACUCUUCGGGUGCUGCUGCACAUAGCCGCUCAGCGCGACUACGAGCUUCACUCUCUUGACUUCCGCACUGCUUUCUUGCAGGGCAGCCUGCACGAGGAGAUCUGGCUGCGCCACCCUCCUGGCUUCACUGGGUCCUUUCCUCCUGGCACCAAGUGGAGCCUCCGGCGGCCAGUGUACGAUCUCCGCCAGGCGCCCCGUGAGUGGCACGACACACUGAGGACUACACUUGCGGCUCUUGGGUUUACUCCUUCUACAGCCGACCCGUCGCUGUUUCUACCCACCGACACCUCUUUGCCGCCGUUCUACAUCCUCGUGUACAUCGACGACCUGGUCUUUGCCACUGCUGACACUGCUGGACUCGCCCACGUGAAGUCCAAGCUGCAGAAGAGACACACGUGCACAGACCUGGGUGAACUGCGCAGCUACCUUGGCUUGCAGAUCACCCGGGACAGAGCACAGCGCACCAUUACCCUGACUCAGUCACACAUGGUGCAGCAGGUCCUUCAGCGCUUCGGCUUCACGUACUCCUCGCCUCAGGCCACUCCUCUGUCUACUCGCCACUCGCUCUCAGCUCUGCCUAAGGAUGAGUCCGUAGAGUCGAGUGGCCCGUACCCAGAGCUUGUUGGCUGCCUCAUGUACCUGAUGACCUGCACACGAUCUGACCUUGCAUACCCUCUUAGCAUCUUGGCACGCUAUGUUGCUUCUGGGAGACACCGACCAGAGCACAUGGCUGCAGCGAAGAGGAUGUUGCGCUACGUGUGGAGUACGUCGAGCAUGGGGCUAGUGCUUGGAGGGCGACGUCGAGUAGUCCUCACAGGUCAUGCAGACGCUUCUUGGGCUGACGACCACGCUACACAGCGGUCGUCACAGGGUUACACCUUCAGCCUUGGCUCCGGCUCUGUUUCAUGGCGGUCUACCCGCUCGUCCUCUGUUCUCAGCUCCAGCUGUGAGGCUGAGAUAUACGCAGGGGCCAUGGCUGCACAGGAGCUACGCUGGCUCACCUACCUGGUGACUGACCUAGGAGAGCUGCCUCGUUCUCCUCCAGUUCUGUACGUAGACAACAAGGCCAUGCUGGCCUUGUGUCGGGAGCAGCGGCUGGAGCACAGAACGAAGCACAUUGCUCUCCGCUACUUCUUGUCUCGUGAGGUGCAGCAGCGUGGUCAGCUCCGCCUCACCUACGUGGCCUCUGAGGCCAACACUGCUGAUAUCUUCACCAAGGCCCUUCCGCCUUGUGAUCAUCAACGCUUCUGUACUGAGCUAUGUCUUGUACCUACCUAG